GGAUCCUGGGAGUUGGUGAUGUCAGACGGUUGGGUCAUUUGAAGGUUAGCAGCCCGGGAAGGGUUCACCGAAAGUUCACUCGCAUAUAUUAGGCAAUUCAAUCUUUCAUUCCGGGUGACAGAAGUGGUAGGAAGUGAGCCGCUCGGAGGCAGGAGGGUCUAUUCUCUGCCAAAGGGGGGACCAGAGCCCCCCCGCGCCGCCGCCGCCGCCCGGGGAUGCCGAGGACGCGCGCCACCCGCGCAGGGCGCAUCUGGGCACCGGCGGGGUAGCAGCCGCGCGCUCCCCGGGGCCUGAGCCGCCCGCGCCCGGAGCGCAGCAGUCGGGGGAGCGGCGGGAACCCCCGCCCGGCUGGAUCGGCCGAGCGAGCCUGGAAGAUGGUAAAUGAUCAUUUGGAUCAAUUACAGGCUUUUAGCUGGCUUGUCUGUCAUAAUUCAUGAUUCGGGGCUGGGAAAAAGACCAACAGCCUCCGUGCCAAAAAAGGGGCAGAGUUUGAUGGAGUUGCUGGACUUUUCCGAGCCGCUCGCCUCCGCACCCACAGGAUAGGCAGUCGGGCAGCGCGCGCCGAGAUCAUGUUUGACUGCAUGGAUGUGCUGUCCGUGAGUCCCGGGCAGAUCCUGGAUUUCUACACGGCGAGUCCGUCCUCCUGCAUGCUGCGGGAAAAGGCUCUCAAAGCCUGCCUCAGCGGAUUCUCCCAGGCCGAAUGGCAGCACCGGCACACCGCUCAAUCGAUCGAGACACAGAGUACCAGCUCUGAGGAGCUCGUCCCCAGCCCACCAUCUCCACUUCCUCCCCCUCGGGUGUAUAAGCCCUGCUUCGUCUGCCAGGACAAGUCCUCUGGCUAUCACUACGGCGUCAGUGCCUGCGAGGGAUGCAAGGGCUUUUUCCGCCGAAGUAUUCAGAAGAACAUGAUCUACACUUGCCACCGAGAUAAGAACUGCGUCAUUAACAAAGUCACGAGGAACCGGUGCCAGUACUGCCGGCUGCAGAAGUGCUUCGAAGUAGGAAUGUCCAAAGAGUCCGUCAGAAAUGACAGGAAUAAGAAGAAGAAGGAACCUUCAAAGCAGGAGUGCGCAGAGAGCUACGAGAUGACGGCAGAGCUGGAUGACCUCACAGAGAAGAUCCGGAAAGCCCACCAGGAAACCUUCCCCUCACUCUGCCAGCUGGGUAAAUACACCACGAAUUCCAGUGCUGACCACAGGGUCCGACUGGACCUGGGCCUCUGGGACAAAUUCAGCGAGCUGGCCACCAAGUGCAUUAUUAAGAUCGUGGAGUUCGCCAAGCGUUUGCCGGGCUUCACCAGCCUGACCAUCGCAGACCAAAUCACCCUGCUCAAGGCCGCCUGCUUGGACAUCCUGAUUCUCAGAAUUUGCACCAGGUAUACCCCAGAACAAGACACCAUGACCUUUUCUGAUGGCCUUACCCUAAAUCGAACCCAGAUGCACAAUGCCGGCUUUGGUCCUCUGACCGACCUCGUGUUCACCUUUGCCAACCAGCUCCUGCCUUUGGAAAUGGAUGACACAGAAACAGGUCUCCUCAGUGCCAUCUGCCUGAUCUGCGGAGACCGCCAGGACCUUGAGGAGCCCACAAAAGUGGAUAAGCUGCAAGAACCGUUACUGGAAGCACUCAAGAUUUAUAUUAGAAAACGACGGCCUAGCAAGCCCCACAUGUUCCCAAAGAUCUUAAUGAAAAUCACAGAUCUCCGCAGCAUCAGUGCAAAAGGUGCAGAGCGUGUGAUUACCUUGAAAAUGGAAAUCCCUGGAUCGAUGCCGCCUCUCAUUCAGGAAAUGCUGGAGAACUCUGAAGGACACGAACCCCUGACCCCAAGUUCAAGUGGGAACACGGCGGAGCACAGUCCCAGCAUCUCGCCCAGCUCAGUGGACAACAGCAGAGUCGGUCAGUCCCCGCUGGUGCAGUAGACACUUCCCAGCCACUGCAGACAUUCCCAGACCUUCAGUUCCGGGAUUUAAAAUGCAAGGAAAACAUUUUUACUGCUGCUUAGUUUUCGGACUGAAAUGUUAAACUCGAAGGACCAAGACGUUCUAUAUAUCACACUCUAUUCCUCACUGUGUAACUUCCUAGAAAUACAGAACUUUUCAAAUUCUGAAAAUCAGCCAUUUCAUGCAACCAGAAACUAGUUAAGUGCUUCUGUUUUCCUCUGAACAGUCAAGAUGCAUGGCAAAGGCCCGGCUGAGGCGACUUGGCCCUGGGUAAAGCUCUGGAGACUGUGCGUACAGAAGUCGGCUCUGCCCCCCUGCACUGUAUGUCUGGUGCUUUUGUCCGGCACACUUUAACCAAGACACCGAGGUGAGGGACAGACCGCCGUGCGUGUCCACGAGGAAGGGUCAAAAGACAACUGUCUUGCUUUCACGGAGUAAUCAAGGCCUCGCAGUAAGGCACUGGCACCUCCGUACAGUACAGGACCAGACACUCUGGACGCGUGUCCUGCUCUGACGCCCUCGAGCCACGCCCUUCCUUCGCGGUGCCCGGUUCGUGUGUCCCACUUUACUGCAGGAGAACUGUCAGGUCACUGCCAGUCCAGCCCAGUGUCAUUUGUCCAACUGUUAAUGUCACUUUAAAAGUCGUUUAUUAAUGACAACUACAGAAUGAAAAAUGCAUUUUUGCAGUCAUGAUAGCCUCCAAGGCACACUGUCCAGUGUUCGUAAGCUUGUGUACCUGUUCACAGGACAAUUAGCAGGCGGGUCUGCCCCUGGACUCCAGCAGUCCAGUGUCCUUCGACGCACGCCUAAUCCUGGGAUUUCCCCAGGUCUCAAUGCUGAAGGUAUGGGCAGUCGGCCUCUGGCCUUGUUCAAUUACUGUGACAGAGCAACAGCUGGCAAAGUGAUUGACAGCCUCAAGUGUCGGGUUCUGAGUUCAUGUGCGCACUAGGAGUUUGUUCUGAUAUUAGCAAGUCUGUGCUGUACCGCCCCUGGCUGUUCGUACACUGAGAUGGUUGGACAGUGCUUUCUAUGUUCAUAUACUGUUUACCUUUUUCCAUGGAGUCUCCUGGCAAAGAAUAAAUAUAUUUAUUUUAAA